CCUCUAAUUAUUCUGCAGAAAGUAUCACAACGAGGCAAUGUACGAUGUUAUUGGCGAAACACUUGAGAAUAGUUACUAAAUUAAGAAUUUCAUCUUAAAACCCCUCAAAAUUCAAAGAACAUCCUCUUGGCAAAAGAAAAACUCAAAAACCUAGAAGUGGAGGAUGGUGGUGUGAGAAAAUAAUAGAAAGAGUAAAACGAUGUGUGAAGAAAGCUCAUCCAUCUCAACACAAAUAAGCGGUGGAAGUGAAAAUAAAGCGGAAGGUAAUAAUUCAACGCAGUUAAAAUCGAAGAACAUAAUUCCAGAACAACAACAACAAGAAGAAGAUGAAGGAGGUAAUAAUUCAAUACCAUUGAAAUUGAAUAAUAGGAUUACAGCAGAAGAAGGAGACAAGUUAUUAUUGUGGGAAUGGAAAAAUUUAAAGACAAAAAAUAGCAGUAGUAGAAUAGAUUUAGGAAAUGGGAGUGAAGUAGAAUAUUAUCCAAAUUUCGUAGAGUACGAGGAUGCUUGGAGAUGUUUCAAUUACCUCAACACUCAUAUUCCUUGGACUCGCCCCACCCUCCGUGUCUUCGGUCGUGACUGCAUUCAGCCUCGAGACAGCUGCUAUGUUGCAAGUGAUGGGCUUCCUAAAUUGGUGUAUAGCGGGUAUCAACCCCAUGCCUACUCUUGGAACAAUUUUCCUCCUCUUAAUCAUAUUCUCCAGGCGGUCCAGGAUGCUGUUCCCGGAAGCCAUUUCAAUAGCUUGCUGUUAAAUAGAUACAAGGGCGGGAAUGACUAUGUCGGUUGGCAUUCUGAUGAUGAACUCCUCUACGGACCUACUCCUCUUAUUGCUUCCCUUUCCUUUGGUUGUGAACGCCCUUUUUUCUUGAAGAAAAAACCUCCUAAACCAUCUCACGCUCCACCAGUGUCGGCCAAGAAUACAAAAGAUAAACCAGUGAGCAAGCGGUUGAAGAAGAGCAAGAGCAACAGUACUGGGGAUCAGCAUACCUUCACGUUAAAACAUGGGUCCCUGUUGGUUAUGAGAGGCUACACUCAGAGGGACUGGAUCCAUUCUGUACCAAAGCGCGCUAAAAUAGAUGCUCUCAGGAUCAACCUUACAUUCAGGCUUGUCCUGUGAAUCUCAUCCUUUCCGGACAUUUUUGGAUUUCUCAGCCUGCAUCUGGUCACUGGUCAGUAUCAAUUACAAUGAGGACUGAGGAUCUUUAGCCUUUAGUUGAAGAGAUCUGAGAUGUAAUGGGUUGGACAUAAAUCCUUGAUUCAUUCCCCUCUGUAAUGAGAGUCUUCAAUGUGUUCAAGGGAUAUAGAUAUAUAAUUUCUACACUGUAGGUUAUUGUGAAUACUUGCAAGUAGUUCAGAAGUUGGAGACAUGAAUUAAUAUGCAAUUAACUUUGUCUCAAUUUCCUGCUUUGUUGGUCUUCAUAUGUUGCCUUCCUUUUCACAUAUUUUAGAGGUUGCAGUUCCAUUUUUCAUGCUAAGGAAGGAAUAAGAACUUUUGCUGCCUCUUUUUCAAGCUGUACUAAAAUUGGUGUAUAAAUGUUUUAAUCUAUCAACAACUGCAAAUAAACUUGUAUUCCAUAUUCAUCA